GUGAUGCACGAUUGUGUGCGGCUGUGCAGUGACAGGAGACAGGUCCUUGCUACCUACCCUGCCGAAAAGCUAGCCUUCAGCGCCUGUUGCCCCGACGACCGACGCUUCUUCGGACUGGUCACCAUGCAGGCCACCCAUGAUGACGACGGUCACUAUGGCAAUGGUAAUCGGGAGGAAGAGGGCGGGCUGAGGACUUCCUGUCACGUGUUCAUAGUCGACCCGGAACUCUGUCAUCACCAGGUCCAUGUGGGUGUGGCCAGGAGGUUUGGGUUUGAGUGUACUCCUGAUCCUGAUACUGGAGGGUGUCUGGAGUUCCCCCCUACCUCCCAGCCUCUGCUCCAGUUUGUGUCUGUUCUCUACCGGGACAUGGGGGAGAGCAUCGAGGGGGUCCGGGCGCGGGCGUUCGUUGAUCCGGACAACGACCCACAGCAGAACCACAGCACCAGUAGCAACAGCGACAGCGGCAUCGGUAACUUCCUGCCAGAUGAAAAGAGUAACCGUGUCUUAUUGGUUGACCUGGGAGGCCAUAAUCACAACCCCGGUCCACGCCACUGGGACAGCCCUCCUCCUCCCUCGGCCCCGGGCUGGAACCAAGUCCCUCCCGGUGUCGUCCCUGGCCCCCCUCUCCCACCUCCUCCUCCCCCUCACCUCAAUAACAGCUACCCCCCGCCUCUCCCCCCUGCCAUCCCCCCUCGAGGGGCCCACUCCUCCCAGGCUUCACUCCACCACUACCCGCCAGGGAAGAGGGGAGGAUCUGGAGGAGGAGUGGAGCAGAGCCUGACCCAGCCCCAACACCACCAGUCUCAACGCUGGUUACCAGUCCAUGUCCUGAGAGACUGGAGACAACCAGGCCAGGCAGGACAAACGCAGGGACAAGGAGGGCUGUGUAGUGAUCAGGAGUCCUAUGCUGAGUCAACAGAUGGCUGGUCGGCUCCACUACCAGCCGGGGACCUGCCCCUGCCUCCGCAGCCUCCCGGGCUGGCCACGCAGAAGGAUGAGUGGGCUAAGAAGCUGUUUGGGCCUGUUGGCGGAGAGAAAGGACUCAGAGAGCCCAAGCAGAAUGGAAAGAGACGCGUGAAUGGGAAAGAUGGGGAGAAGAAGGCUGGUCGGUUUAGAGGUCUGACGAAGGGCUUCCCUCCUCUACCUCAGCGCUCCUCGGGAAGGCGAUCCUUCGGCCGCAUUAGCCUGGCACGCUCGCUGGAUGACCUGGAGUCUGCCGUGGUCUCUGAUGGAGAGCUGAACAGUGUUGACCUACAGGGCUGUGGUAGUGACAACAGUCUGAACAGUAAUGCCAGCCUACCCAGUGUCCAGUGCCAUCGACGUCACACAGAGAGACGGGUGGCCAGCUGGGCGGCCUGCUUUGAGAGACUGCUGCAGGACCCGGUCGGAGUCAGAUACUUCUCAGAGUUCCUGAAGAAGGAGUUUAGCGAGGAGAAUAUUGUGUUCUGGCAGGCCUGUGAGUUCUUCAGCCAUGUUCCCGACAACGACAAGAAACAGUUAUCUCAGAGAGCUAGACAGAUCUAUAACAGUUAUUUAUCCAGUAAGGCCACUACGCCGGUCAACAUUGACAGUCAGGCCCAGCUGGCAGACGAUAUCCUCAACGCUCCCAGACCAGACAUGUUUAAGGAACAACAACUACAGAUCUUCAACCUGAUGAAGUUUGACAGCUAUACUCGGUUCCUGAAGUCCCUCCUGUAUCAGGAAUGUAUGUUAGCGGAGGUGGAGGGGAGGCCUCUACCAGACCCCUACCACAUACCCAGCUCUCCUACCUCCAAACACAGUACCGGGUCAGAUAGAUCCACACCCAAGAAGGAGGACAAGAAGACUAAGUCGGGCCGCUCUCUGAACGAAGAGAGAGAGAGGGAUGAGUGCGGAGGAGAUAAGAAGAAAGGCAUGUUCUUUUCGUGGUCACGGAACCGGAGCUUCGGGAAAGGCCCCAAGAAACGGGAUCUGGCAGACAUCAACUACAACUUCUCGGGCAGUAACGGGCGUCGGGAAUCACAAGGCUCUCUGUCAUCCGGAGCCAGUCUGGAACUGGGAACGUCCGGAUCUGGAAAGAACGAGGGUGGUUCUAUGGAGAGAGACAGAGAGCGAGGCGGUGACUCUGUAACCCUGAGACAGUGUAACAUCAACCUCCCAGAUGGGACAUGUUGCUCUGUGCCGGUCAGAGCUGGGUUCUCCAUCAGAGAGCUGCUGGUGGGUCUCUGUGAGAAACUCUGUAUCAACGUGGCAGCUGUAGACCUCUUCCUAGUCGGAGGGGAGAAGCCUCUGGUUCUGGAUCAGGACUGUAUGACUCUGUGCUCUCGGGACCUCAGACUGGAGAAACGGACUCUGUUCAGACUGGACUUGGUUCCUAUAAACAGGUCAGUGGGUCUGAAGGCUAAGCCCACUAAGCCGGUGACGGAGGUUCUGAGACCUGUAGUGGCCAAGUACGGCCUCCAGCUGAACGACCUGGUGGCCCGCAUCAGUGGGGAGAAGGAGCCUCUUGACCUGGGUCUCCCCAUCUCUAACCUGGAUGGACUGAGAGUGGUGCUGGAUGUACAAGACAAGACACCACACAAGGGGAGUGUGUUUGCGUCGGCCUGA